GCGGUAAGGGCUCUAGCCCGGCCGCCACGGCGUUAAAUACAACAACAACAACAACAACAUCUUGGAGGUAGCGGGGAAAUCUCGACCUACAUCAUAGAUCUUCCUCGAGCGGUACUAGUUCGGUUGGUCUCAACUUCAACUUAACACGCCAGUCUUUAAAGUACAGCUUUGUGUAUACUUAUCUUAUUCUUAUCUCAUUCGACGAAGCACAAUUAUGGAGACACACCGAGCUGCUAUCUUGACUUCGCCUCAAGGCUCGGAUGGGAAGCCUACGUUUGCGGUGCGGGAUGAACCGCGCCCAGUUCCAGGACCGAAUGAAGUCCUUAUCCGCCUAUCAGUAACGGGUCUCUGUGGUUCCGAUCUCGGUAUGGCCAUGGGCCAUUUCGGACCCCUCGACAGGAAGAUCCUCGGCCACGAGGGAGUCGGUCGCAUCGCUGCCCUAGGUUCUAACAUUGCGGCCCUCGACCCUUCGGUCCAAGUUGGACAGCGUGUGGGUGUCGCUUGGACCCGCGACACGUGCGGCAAUUGCGAGGCCUGCGUCGACCUUGUCAAUGAGGGUGAGACGCGUUGUGAAAAGACUCUCCAUUCUGGUAGAGCGUACGAUGGCACGUUUGCUCAGUAUACGCUUGCGCCCCUGCGGUACUUGGCGAGGCUCCCUGCUCAGUUUGACGACGUGCCUGACGAGGAGGUUGCGCCCAUCCUUUGUGCGGGCGUAACGGCUUAUAAGGCAAUUAAAAAUUGCCAUGUUACGCCAGGCUCAUGGUUUGCCAUCUCAGGAGCCGGAGGAGGCGUAGGCGCCUUGGGCGUCGCGUAUGCCCGUGCCAUGGGCUACCGCGUCAUUGGCGUCGAUGCCGGCCCGGAGAAGGGUGAGAUCUGUAAAGACCAGGGAGCCGAGGUCUACAUCGAUGUUACUGAGCCUGGAACUCUGGCUGAGAAAGUCAGAAAGGCGACCGGAGGCUAUGGCGCAAAGGCAGUAGUGGUCGCGGCUACGGCUACUCCUGCUUAUCAGGAUGCCUUUGAGUUGUUGGCGCCGUUUGGAACGCUGAUGUGUGUUGGCAUUCUGCCUUGGGAGGCGAAAGUAAACUUUAAUCCCAUCUGGCUUAUUGGAAAGGGUUGGAAGAUCUUGAGCUCCUCUGUUGGAUCGCGUGCCGAUAUUCUUGAGGCAUUGGAGUUUGUCAGACGACGUGUGGUCGUUCCCAACGUCCAUGUGGGCAAGAUCGACGACUUGGAGGAAUUAGUGCAGACUAUGCACGGCGGUCAGCUGAAGGGCAAGUGGGUUCUGAAGCUGGACUCAGCAUGAUGGACGGGCCCAUGGUCCUUCAUACAACUUUGGUUGACAGAUUUCCGGAGCGUUGGGUAAUAUCAAAUAAGCGAAUAUACAGCUUCUUUAGAUAAUAUCGUAGGUUGGAUAAUGGAGGUCAAUUGACGAAAGGUAAUGUACAAUGGCAUCCCUUCCUGUCAGGUCUUCUUUUGGGCCAAUGCCUUUGGGAGCAUUGGUUCCUAGCGAACACUGAAACAUGCCAACCUCCAAGGCCAGCCAAUAACUGCUCAGACGUAAGCAACUCCAAUAGAAGUCAACAAGUGACUACCAAGAUAAGAGUACAGUAGGCAGUCAGGACAGAGUUGAACUGAAAAUCCCGCACAAUUGUUUAACCCUUUGCCUCGGGAGAUUUUAGAGUUCAACUUAAUUAAGCUAAAACUCCUUC